AUGCUUCCCCAGUUUGACCAUGCCAAAAACCUCCACCCCCAUGGCUCACGAGAUCUCGGGAAUGGUUACAUCCUUCUCACAAAGAGUGACAAAAAGCCUGUUGUUGUCAAUGGCCUUCAAUCAGCAGUUAUCGCAGACUUUCUAGGUCAACCCUCCCCCAAGUUUCGCCACUGGGCUCGCCUUCGCUUGCCUAAUGGACAGAUUGCCAGGUCUGCAUGGACAGAGACCCAGAAGUCACCUGAAGAUGUACUCCUACAUGGCCAAGAGCGUUUUGCAGAAGUACUAUACUUUGCGCAACUCGCCAUGGAAAAUGACGAUCACAACUCCAACAACGAGGAAGAUGAAAAUAACUGGCACUUUGUGAAUGUCACCCUGGUCACACUAUACUCACUUCCCCAACCAGAAUUGUUGGCUCUAUCCUAUGGUGCUCUCAUUUCCUGCAUUCACAAAGGUGAAGAAAGUCUUUGUGUCAUAGAUGUCAACACCAUUCAGUCAGUUGUCAGUAUGAUACCUCACAAGCCCACCCUUCCAAAUGGACAAGUAGAAGAGUGGUUCUUCCUUGUGGAGAAGACAGGUUUAGACAUUGCACGCUGCGGAUUACAAGAUGAUAAUGGUGACAUUGAUUGA